UUAAGCAAUAUACAUCAGUGGAAAUCAAUAAAUAUGAUGUUUAUGAAUAUAAAUUUAUUUAGAUAAUAAGCAUUUUAAUUUAAUAAGGAGUGUUUGUUUACAUUACACCAUGUAAUACGGAAUGGCCAAUGGGAGGAGUAACGGCCUAGUAAUAUGUUGACUAUGCUUUGAUUUAUUGUUUGAUUUAAUCACUCUGCCAUUCUUUUACUUACCAGGUUGAGGGUCGCCCAAAACCACCCGGUGCCUUGCAAUGAAAACCUCCAACGGGACUGUGACCUUGCCCUUGUACACACCUAAUGGUCAGGACAUCCGAGACUGCAGUGACGAAAUGAGUGUCCUCACUUCAGCAGUGGAGGCCAAUACACAAUACGAGAGUUUCCAGCGGCUUACCUUAUCUAAAAACCUGGGUAGCAGAGCAAUGAGUAUGUCCCAGGAGCAUUUGCAGUCAUCUUCUCCAGAUUAUGAGAUUCCCAUGCUCCACAACCCUCAGUCUAUGAACAUCAUGCAGAGCGAACCUUGGACGUCCCUUGACAAAAUCAAACCAGCAAAUCAGAAGGACAGCCUGUUGCUACCGUUGUUAUCAUAUUAACCCCAUAACGAAGAAGCUCAGAGAUAUAAAUGCUGUUUAAUAUGUGCUAGUCUCAACAUACCCCGUGUCUGGUAUGAACAUGUACAAUUGAAGGUCUCUACAUACCCCAUGUCUGGUGUGAACAUGUACAAUUGAAGGUCUCUACAUACCCCAUGUCUGGUGUGAACAUGUACAAUUGAAGGUCUCUACAUACCCCAUGUCGGGUGUGAACAUGUACAAUUGAAGGUCUCUGCAUACCCCAUGUCGGGUGUGAACAUGUACAAUUAAAGGUCUCUGCAUACUCCAUGUCUGGUGUGAACAUGUACAACUGAAGGUCUCUACAUACCCCAUGUCUGGUGUGAACAUGUACAACUGAAGAUCUCUACAUACCCCAUGGUUGGUGUGAACAUGUACAAUUGAAUGUCUCUCUAUAUACCUCAUGUCUGGUGUGAACAUGUACAAUUGAAAGUAUCUACAUACCCCGUGUCCGGUGUGAACAUGUACAAUUGAAGGUCUCAUCUUUGAAAUAGGGACAGGUGGAAAAUUAAUGAAUUGAUGCAGACAGAAGUCGCAUAAUGACAAAUCACAACAAAAAGUGGAAAUCCAGACAGUCUUGUGGCCAGCCAUGUUUUUAUGUGACCAUCCAAGUUGGGUUCAAAGAAAACAAUAGUUCGUGUUUUAUUGGAACUAUGAUGCUGAUAGUCAUUUUAUGUAAAAGGCUUUUAUGAACUAUAUUUAAAUACUCAGUAUAAUAAGAUUAAGAUUACUUGAUAAAAGCAAUAAUGAGCAAUAUAAUUUUAAGAGCAAAAUUAGCAAGUCUAUCCAAUUACAUUGUCUGUAUUAUGAAAUUGUAUUUUGGAAAUGUUAAGGAAAAUAUAAUGUUUCUAAAUAUAUGUCUAUGAAUAUUGAUUUUAACAUUGUCAAAGCUGUUUAAAUGAUGCUGGUACCUUUGACAAAAUUGAAAGAAAAUGUAUUCUUUUCAUGUAAUGAGACAUGCUUCAGGUUUUUUUUUGACUUAACAUGUAAUAUAGAGGUGGUAGUUACACACAUUGUUUAGACAGGUGGAUAAUUUUAAUGCUAAGGCUUUGAUACUCUUAAGUGUGCCCAUUGGUGUCAGGUGUUUUUGUCAAGCAUCUUGUUUAUUAUCUUAGUAUUUCAAGACAAUAUUGAUUAAUUUUAGACAAAAUCAUUUAAUCUUCCUUAAAUUGUCUAUUCUGUAUUUACAACCAGUUAUUUAUUAAUUUGCUUGAACAUGAUUUAAGAAUGACUUUUUGUUGCUUAAAAUGCUUUAUAUGUUUUAAAACUGAGCAUUUAAAAACGAAAAUAUAAGAUGUGGGAAUAAUGUCUAAAGUUAUGAUAAUUAUUUUUUGUUUUUGUAAAGUUAAUUAUGCUUUAUAUGUUUGUGUAUAGACAUUUAGACGACCAGAUUAACCUGACCAAGAAUCCUUGAUUAAUGUAUAUAUCGGUCACUUCAUUUGUCAUUUGUAUAUAGAGCGAUUGCGAAAUGGUUGUAUUGUUAAUGAAAAUCAUGCGUUUAUUGUUGCCAUUUUGAUUUUCGCUGUUAACAUGUAUUUAUACAAACAAUUUUCAUCAUGUACAUCUUUUAGAUGCCAGAUAAUAAAAACAAACAUUGCUUGUGGAGAUGCUCAUUUAAAACUUUCUUAAUGAUACAGAACAACACAUUCUGAAGUGGCUAAUAAAUUAUGCUUUAGGCAAAAGGAACAUCUUGUUACUAGUAUAUGUACUGCUUUUCAUUAGAUAAAGUCAAGCAACUAUUGAAAGAUUGGUUUAACUUUGUUUUGCAUUAUCUUAAGAAAAAUUAAUAUAUUCUACUUGGAAAUCAGUCAAUUGCAAAUCAAGCGAGAGUGAUUUAACAUGCUAACACUUGUCAAUAAUUGAAUUGUCUUUUUUUUGUACGUAAGAUAUAGGGAUGUUGUUGCUUGAAAAACAAAGUUGUAUCCGUUGUUAGAUAAUGCUUUUGUUCAUCUCUCAACAUAACAAGUACAUUCAUUUGUUCAUCUCUCAACAUAACAAGUACAUUCAUUUGUUCAUCUCUCAACAUAACAAGUACAUUCAUACAGUUAUUAAAAAUAUGACACUCUUAAUUCUCAGCCAUCAGUUUGUAUUGGGAUGUUGUGGAAUACUUACUAAACUAAUAUACGUCUGUUUAAUGAAUGAAUAGCUAUGGUACAAUAUGAUACUCAGUGUUACAAAACAUGUGUAAUAAAAAUAUAAUGUCAUUUAUUUGAAAUCAUAAAAUUUAGUUGUCCAUACAAUGCUUACAGUUUUGCAAUUGCGAUGAUAAAGGAAAUGUUCUGCUCAAAAUGUCUUUUUAAGACAUGUGAACAUUUUAGCAAUCAUAUUGUACUUGUAUUUAUAUUAUACAUUAUAAGAAUUUACUUACAGCUGAUGAUAAUGGCAGUUUACUAUUUGUGUUACAGUUUGUUCCACUCGACCAUUAGACCAUAUUUCCUUAAAAAUGUGAUUGUUUAUAUUGAACUUUAAUUGAAUGCAUGAAACAUGAUUGUUCUGUUAAUUAACAGCUGAAAAUAGCUUGAUGUUUGUAAAAUUGUAUGAAAUGUUUCAAAUAAAUCAUAUUGAUUACAUAGAAAAUAAGAUUACAUUUUGCGUUACUUUGAAUGCAUAAUAAACAAUUGUUACCAUACAAUCAUAUUAGUAUUGAUCUUAAUUAAUACUCUUGGAUGCAAUUUUUACAAUAAUGUGUUAAUAUUGUCAUCCAUUCCAAAUAAGCAUUGUGCAUUCGUAAAUAUAGUGUGUUUAUAAACUUCUUAGAUGCCUUUUUUAAAUUGCUUGUGUACGUCAUAUUGAUUAAAGACUCUUAUGUAUUGCAUAUUUGUGUGUGCCUAUGUCUUACUUAUCUCUUCAUAGUCCUUAAAUUACUGCAAAUAGUAUUUUAAUAAUGUUAAAAUAUUUAUCUAAACUAUAGCCAGGUUAUCUGUUAAUUUAGGUUUCAUACAUUGUAUUGUCUAGCUAAUUAAAUUGAAGUGUCUAUAUUCUCGCCAACAUGCAUUGUCGGUGUCUGGUUUAGACAAAGCACAUUACACAACUCCUGUUGUUUUUCUCCAUCAUUAAUAACCAAUGUUUAUUCUGUAGAGGUUGCAUUAUACUAAAUAUUUCAGUUGUGCAAUGCUUUGCUCUCUUAAUAAAUCAGCAUUAUUUAUUGAUUUUGUAUAUGGGCACUUCCCAUGACUUUAUUCGUGAAUAUUUCUUUGAAUAUGCGGUAGGGAAAACAUUGUUUGCUUGAAGGUUUAGAAACUUAAUGUUGACAUCUUGAAAGAUGGCAGUAAACAUUUAACUGCAGAGUAGCUGUGAAAAGAUGUAUGUUAAACAUAUAAUAAACAAUGUAAGACAGAACUCCACGCCAGAUAUGUCAUGCAUUCGAUAUGCAUAAACUAUCUUUUUUAAUUAAUUUGGAUCGGAAUUAUCUUUUAGAAAUGGUAUGGUUAUGAGGGUCUCUAUGUUCAAAAUGUUGCAUUUAUUUUGUGUACAAGUUAUUGCUUAAACAUUGAAUUUGUUAUGGAAAUAAUAUAGUUUAUGUGCCUUUAAGAGAUAUACAUGUUUAUGUUAGUGAUGUGUUUUUGCUGAUCCAAGUCUGUUCCUGCACACUAUUUAAAGUAGAUAACUACAAGUUAUCUCAUUUAAAUGGGAAUAGUAUUGUACUGUGGAAAAGUGUUGCGAGUUCAAAUAAAAAUACUAUGAACC